UCUUUUCACAUUCCAGAAAUGGUGAGAACUCCUUGUUGUGAGAAAAGUGGAUUAAAGAAAGGGUCAUGGACUCCUGAAGAAGAUAAGAAGUUGGUAGCUUACAUUACCAGAUAUGGCCAUUGGAACUGGCGAGAGCUUCCCAAGUUCGCCGGUCUAUCAAGAUGUGGAAAGAGUUGCAGACUUCGAUGGAUGAAUUACCUGAGGCCAAAUAUCAAAAUAGGGAAUUUCAGCAAAGAAGAAGAGGAAAUCAUCAUCAACAUGCAUCAAACUCUAGGGAAUAAAUGGGCAUCAAUUGCAGCAAAAUUACCAGGAAGGACAGACAAUGAAAUCAAGAACCACUGGCACACCAACCUCAGAAAACACUUGAAACAGAAUCUGAAGUCUUCAGAAUCAAAACCAGACACCUUAUCUGAAAGAGGUUCUGAAUGCAAAGCUGACAGUGAACAAGAAUUAGAGCUCCCCAGUGCUCUAUCACUCCAAACUUUGGAAAGCUCAUCAACCUUGUCUCCAGUACCAUCUUUGAGUGAUUUGUCCUUCUCAAGUACUGAAUAUAGUACUGUUUCAUCACCAGAAAAAUUUGCAGAACUCAAUGGAGAUUUCUGGACAGAACCAUAUGUGGCAGGGAAUUCUUAUAUCCAAGAGAAUUUUCAGCAAACUUGGGGUGACCCAGAAAUCCAAUUCCCUCUUUAUCCCUUAUUGCUUGAAGAUUACUUCUUUACUUACCCAUCUUAUGAAGACAAUUACAUGGAAUGGUUCUAG